ACACGGACCAUAUUGAGGUCAGUGACGUCGGUGUGAUAACAUAGUGUUAUGAUAACACGGAUGAUCUCUGAUAUUGGAUAUUGCACGGAUACAAGUACAGACGGAAGAUUAUAUCCUGUGGUUUAACAAUAUCUUAACGAGACUAGCAGUUAGCGGGGCCGUACUAAGCUGAAAGGAACCGAGAGGAGUUUGAAUUUCUGGCCGAAGUCUGAACCUCAUGACUAGACACAACGACAGAUCAUCAUGUUCAGUUUCCUUGGACUCCGCAACAACUCAAAGAAGCCCACAUCCGACAAGGAAGUAGAUGGAGGCUUUGUUGUCAUUGGAGAGACCGUUGAAGAACAGAGGAGGAAGAUUCAGAGCAUAAACAUCGUACAGCCGUCAACAAACGUCAUAGUGCAGCCAUCAAGGUCAUCCUGUACAGUUCCAGCUCAGCCCACCGACACAAAGCACCCUGCAGCUUUCCCUGCCGGCGCGCCCAUAGCAGGGCCCUCGGCAGUGGAAGCUGCUUCAGCUCUGCCAGAUCUCCUCGGGGACGUCCCCUUCACUCUGGCUCCCCAUGUCCUGGCCAUGCAGGCAGGGCUCCCCCUAAUUCCUGAUGUGCUGCUGUCCCGGGACAUAAACUACAACCUGACUAGUUUCCAGUACGACUUCACUUUAGAGAACUCUGUGCUUCACAACGCCUAGUCUGUUAAAGUUUUACUAUCAGGACUGGCAUCAGGAGUUCACGCUGCGGGGGUCUUGGCUGAUUGUUGGUUAUUUGAGAGGUUCCAGGCCUACAACAUAUUGAACAUGCUCAUAUGAUACUGUAGCAGUAUGAAGUAAAAGCUCACAAAAAUACAUUAAACAUAAAAUAAGUUGUAGAACUGCGAAGCAUAAUAUUUCUGUUAUUAACUCCCUAUCCAUUUUCUAAUUUCAAUGUAGUCAUUGCAAUGACAUGACAUGACAUUGGAAAGGACACAAGGAAGCAUGGACACCUCACUGGCUGUACAAGUCAUGACGGUGAAAAAGUUUCAACUUUAUAGCUUAAUGGGAACUAAAUGGACCUGUGGUUUACUGUUCCUGGUUGGGUUGCUCUCAACGUGAACACAGAUAACGCAGUUAGGGCAACUGCUGUUUACUUUGAUUACAGAUACAGGCCUGCUUAUGAUAGGUUAAGACAUUGUGACUGUCCAGCCCAUAGGCACACUUCAGAUACAGUGAUGUGCCAUGUGUUUUAAUGAUGUUGUCUAACUGAACAGGAUCGUUCAAUGUAUUACUACUUGGGUUUCUGGCAGUUGUGAUGACUUUGAAUGUGCUGAGAUCUGGGGACAUUGCUACAAAUAGGCAGAGGGGUAAAACACGUGAAAUGUUGGUGCCCAGUGUGCACACAACUACAGGAAGUACUGCACAUUAGGUCAAAGUUGAACCAAGACAUUGGAUGGUUUACAAUGGUGAUGUUUUACAAAGUUUGGGUAAUAAAGUUACCCUUCACCUUU